CACAAGUUGAGAAGCCUCUAUGACUAAGACCUAGAAAGUUGAGUCAAUUAUCACCAAUCAAUAACAUCCCUCUCUACCUUCGCAGAACCAUUCGACUGCUCUCCAAACUUUAUCCACCAUGCCUUCUCUCAUUACACUUUCAAUGAUGGUCGGAACCAUUGCGACAUCAGUGGUCGCAGAUGUCUACAACGUCAACGUUCCCUCGGGCUUCUUUCCUGGUCCUCAGUCUGGUAUUGGCUCAUGGUACCGCGCCUCCACCGGCCAGGACUCAACCAACGGAAACAGCUGGUGUGGCUACAAGUACUACAACUCAGAUCCUUUGUUUGCUCCUUCUCUGAAGGCAAUGGGUGGUGCCACGUAUAACUCCAACCCCGAUGCCUGGAGACAGCAGACUAGGAAGUACUGUGGCCUGGAAGCCAAGGUCACCGACCCUACGACCGGCAAGAGUCAGCUUAUGUACAUUGGCGAUUCUUUUGACGAUCAAUGGGUCAGAACGCCCGCAUCCAUCGACAUCAUGAUUGACGCCUUCUCCAACAUUCACGGAAAUCCCAAUGGGGACAAGAACAACGUCAUCAAGGGAGUUCAAUGGGAGCUCACUGGCAGAGUCAACACCAAGUAUGCUGCACCAGGUGCAUCCUGGCCUCCCGCGUCAGGCGGUUCUAGCACUGGCGGUUUGGGAGCCAAGUGCGAUGGGCAGACCAAGUUAUGCAACAGCGGCCUUACCUGUCUCUCCCCUGAUGGUGCCAAGGAUGGUCUUGUAGCUCAAGUGUGCCGUGCCAAAAGCCCUGGAACUGUGUCAGCGGCUUUUGCAACGUUUAGAAAGGAAAAUGGUGAUCCCGAUUAUUCCUAA